CAACCAUCUCCCGGGAGCGUGCAUCGCGCCAGGGGGAGAGAGGCCGGGCGGGGCGAGGGGCUUCCUCUGCCGUUCGUCCACUCCGUUCACUUGCCUCUUGAACGUCGUGUGUGCGUCUGCAGUAGCUCCGUCUCUCCUCUGGCAGUGAAUAUUGGAGAACCGAGCGCGAACCACGGCCGGGAUGGCGCUCCUGCACAAGUUCAUGCUGGCGAGUGCGCUCAGCAUGGCCUUCGGGACAACAGCGCGAACAGACACCGUGGAGCCACAGCAUCCUGGGGGAUGCCAAGCCCUGCCAUCGCUCCUUCAGUCUGCGGGAUCGUCCCUGACGUGCAUCGCAGCCUCCUUGAUCAACUGUCAAGAAAAUGGAAAUGGUCAGCUGGCCAUAGCGCAGGACCUGCGGGACACGAUGUCCGAGGUGCGGCGAGCGAUUCUCGACGCGGAGAGGCAGCGGCGGCGGCCCAGGCACUGCCGCGACCUGCAGCUGGACGGCGACUCCGCGUCGGGCGUCCGGCGCGUGUUCCCCUUCCGCGACUCGCCCGACGCGGCUGCGACCGUCUACUGCGACCAGGAGACCGACGGCGGCGGCUGGACGGUGUUCCAGAGGCGGCUCAAGCUCCCUGUGAGGGAGGACUUCUACCGCACGUGGGUCGAGUACGAGCUCGGCUUCGGCCACAUGGACGGCGGCGAGUUCUGGCUGGGCCUCGACCUCGUGCACCACCUGACCUCGACCGGCCUGCAGGAGAUGAGAGUCGACCUCACGGACUACGAGGGCAACGCGAAAUGGGCCAAGUACGGGCUCUUCCACCUGGGGGACGCCAGCACCAAGUAUCGGCUGCAAGUCGGCAGGUACAACGGUACAGCUGGUGAUGGCUUCGGGAGUGGCAGGCACAACGGCCACCCGUUUACCACGCAUGACAACGACAACGACGGCGAUGGCGGUAACUGUGCAGCCAAGUAUCGCGGUGCUUGGUGGUAUGACAAGUGCCACAUAUCCAACUUGAACGGGUUUCCUUAUGAAGGUGAACAUGAGAGCUAUGCAGAUGGUAUCGAGUGGCAACCCUGGAGAGGAUAUCAUUACUCGCUAAAAACAACAGCAAUGAUGAUAAGGCCAGCAUUCUGAAGCAUCUGUUGCUGCUGCACACACACAUUCUUUUCAUAUUCAUUGUGCCAAAAAUAUGGUUAGCAUAACCAUGGGUGUCGGCUUGGAUAUUCAUGUAUACACUACGACAAAAGUAUUUCUAGCAAAAUUUAUGAUUAAUUUUGUAAUGUUUGUAGCCUUAAAAUAAACAUUACUGUACAAAUAUA